AUGUUGGAAACCCUUACCGUGGACGUGAUAGUAGAACAGACGCCAUUCUUCUGCCCGCUAGUGUUGCUGCUAUGCAAGCAGGUGAACUACAUUGUAAAUACAGAUAAGUUCGAAUACCUUCUGGAUAGUAUGUGCGAGGACUGGAAUCACGAACGAUCGUACAAGGAGAUCGGCAUCAUGAAGAAGUACGGGCAAAGGGGAAAUCUGCUCUCGAGGUUCUACGUUGUGAACGCGUACAUUUGCUCGUUCUUGUUCAUACAAGUGCCAUGGUCGACCCGAUUGGUGAACUCGUACAAGACACAGAAUAUAACGCCAAGUUUGCAAUUCGUCAUACCCGGAUAUUACUUCGUCGACGAAGUAGAAUACUAUUAUUACAUCAUACUUCACGGAACGUGCACAAUUUUGAUUGUAGUGGUGGUGUACUGUGCCUGCGACACCAGUUACAUGGUACUGGUGCAACACACUUGCGGACUGUUCGCCGUGGCCGGAUACCGCUUCAAGAAUUCAAUUCGCGAGGACAAUAGCGUGAAGGGGAAGUAUUUCGACCACUGGACGAAAGAGGCGUACAAGAACGCGUGUUUCUCCAUUCAGGGACAUCAACGUGCUAUAAACUUUGUAAAGGAAAUUGAACGCGGCCAUGACACGUACCUUUUCACCUGCUUAGGCUUGGUGAUUCUAUGCUUCAGUAUUACUCUGAUCAAGCUGAGUACGUCGGAUUUCGACAUAGACUUCUACAGAUAUUGCAGUUUUACGUUGUGUCAACUGAUGCACCUGUUCGUUAUCAUGCUUCAGGGACAGUUCGUGCUGGAUUCGUGCGAGAGAAUUCACGAGGCGAUAUACGAAUCAUUAUGGUACACAAGUUCUUCGAAAACACAAGCAUUAUACGUGGUAGCGUUACGAAGAAACCUAACACCUACCUGUUUAACGGCUGGCGGUUUAGUGCAACUGAACAUGCAAAGCUUCGCAGAGGUGGUAAAAAUGUCCGUUUCCUAUUAUACGGUGUUGAAGACAACGUGA